UAGUCUCUUCGGUAGCUGCUACCCGGCACAGAAUCCCGAGGAUGAGUCCGAUCAAGGUAGUCAUCCUGAAACAUCCUGAGAUUUCAUCGGCGCCACUCUCCGAAGAUCUGCAGACAUUUUACUAUGAGCAGACGUUCGAUCACUUCAAUUAUAGGCCUGAAAGUUACAUCAAAUUCAAACAAAGAUACGUGAUGAAUUUCAAGUAUUGGGGUGGACCAAAUGCACCCAUUCUAGCAUAUCUCGGACCGGAAGGCAGCAUUGACGGUGAUCUUCGGGGUAUUGGGUUUUUAAAUGAAAAUGCCCCCGGGUUCAAGGCUCUCCAAGUAUACAUUGAGCAUCGUUACUAUGGACACUCAAUUCCAUUCGGAUCAAGAGAAGAAGCAAUGAGAAAUGCAAGCACAUUCGGUUAUUUCAACUCAGCGCAAGCCAUUGCAGAUUAUGCGGAAAUCUUAUUACAUAUAAAGAAAAAGCUGCAUGCCCAACACUCCCCAGUGAUUGUCAUCGGUGCAUCAUAUAUAUGGAGGACACCGUUGAGUAAUACUUCUGAGCUGGUGAACUUUCUGGAACUUAUUUACGAGGGCGCAGCUCAAUAUGAUUCGCCGCCCAUUAACGUGGUCUGUGGAGCCAUUGAUGGAGCUUCUUCUAACGAUAUUCUAAGCAAAAUAUUUGCAGGCGUAGUUGCUACAUAUCCUGAUUGGCCAUGCCACGUUAAUAAGCCGACUAACAAGUCAGAAACAGACCUAUCUUGGCCAUGGCAGGUAUGCAGUGAGAUGGUGGCUCCUUUGAAAACGGCGGCAAUGAUACAAUGAUUCCAUUGCUGGGACGUAGGUAUCUCAAGCGAGAGUGAUCCGACAUGGUUGGUGAAGCAGCGAGAAAAGGAGGUCAAGAUCAUUAAACGAUGGCUUGCUAAGUACUACCGUGACCUUAGAGCAUUAAUCAAACGUUAAUUUAUGUGAUCGACUUUUUAUUUUUUUUGGGAGACAUUUUUGAUUAAUUGUUAUUUGUCUCUCUCUAUGAUCAAUUUUAAUGAACUUAGUUUAUGCCA